AUCGUCUUCAGGUAACGCAACUGACCACCCGCCGCUCCAAUCAGGGAGGCCCGAAGAGGCGGGUUCGCCGGUCCCGUCCAAUCAGAGAGCGACGGAGGGGGGCGUGUCGCGCCGCACAGGUUCUACUGACGCAGUUUCUGUGGAGAAGGAACUGAACCGCAGUGGAAGUUGCAGCGCAGACAUGUGUGGAAUCUUUGCCUAUCUGAAUUACCACGUCCCACGCACUCGCAGGGAGAUCCUGGAGAUCCUGCUGAAGGGGCUUCGGCGACUGGAGUACCGCGGAUAUGAUUCUGCAGGUGUGGGGAUCGAUGGGGGGAACAGCAAGGACUGGGAGAAGAACGGCAAGUCGAUCCAGCUGAUCAAAAAACAGGGCAAAGUCAAGGCGCUGGACGAGGAGAUCAACAAGCAGCAGGACAUGGAUAUGGACGUGGAGUUUGAUAUUCACCUGGGGAUCGCUCACACUCGCUGGGCCACUCACGGGGAGCCGAGCCCGGUCAACUGCCACCCGCAACGCUCCGACAAAAACAACGAAUUUAUUGUGAUCCACAAUGGUAUCAUUACCAACUACAAAGACCUGAGAAAGUUUCUGGAGAGCAAAGGCUAUGAGUUUGAGUCCGAGACCGACACAGAGACCAUCGCCAAGCUGGUCAAGUACAUGUACGACAAUCGAGAGAGUGAUGACAUCAGCUUCAUCACGCUCGUGGAGAGAGUGACUCAGCAGCUGGAGGGAGCUUUCGCCCUGGUGUUUAAAAGCAUCCAUUUCCCAGGAGAGGCUGUGGGAACCAGGAGAGGGGGCCCCCUGCUGAUUGGAGUGCAUAGUGCACACAAGCUGUCUACAGACCACAUCCCCAUCCUCUAUCGUACAGCAGGGAAAGACAAGAAGGGCUGCAGCUCCCUGCCCCGAGUGGACAGCACCACCUGCCUCUUCCCCAUCGACGAGAAGGGUGUGGAGUAUUACUUUGCUUCGGAUGCCAGCGCUGUGAUUGAGCACACAAACCAAGUGAUCUUCCUGGAGGAUGAUGACGUGGCCGCCGUGUCAGAGGGGCGUCUCUCCAUCCACCGGAUCAAACGCAUCGUGGGGGACCACCCGGCACGAGCCAUCCAGACCCUGCAGCUGGAGCUGCAGCAGAUCAUGAAGGGUAAUUUCAGCUCCUUCAUGCAGAAGGAAAUCUUCGAGCAGCCAGAGUCCGUGGUGAACACUAUGAGGGGACGAGUCAACUUCGACGAAAACACAGUGAUCCUGGGCGGGCUGAAGGAUCACAUCAAAGAGAUCCAGCGGUGUCGACGCCUCAUCCUCAUCGCCUGUGGAACCAGCUACCACGCAGGAGUGGCGACACGGCAGGUGCUGGAGGAGCUCACAGAACUCCCUGUCAUGGUGGAGCUGGCCAGCGACUUCAUGGACAGGAACACGCCCGUCUUCAGGGACGAUGUGUGCUUCUUCAUCAGCCAGUCGGGUGAGACUGCAGACAGCCUCAUGGCUCUGCGGUACUGUAAGGAGAGGGGUGCUCUCACCGUUGGGGUCACCAACACUGUCGGCAGCUCCAUCUCCAGGGAGACGGACUGCGGGGUGCACAUCAACGCCGGCCCGGAGAUCGGGGUCGCCAGCACCAAGGCCUACACCAGCCAGUUUGUGUCGCUCAUCAUGUUCGCCCUGCUGAUGUGUGACGACAGGAUCUCAAUGCAGGCUCGCCGGCGAGAGAUCAUCCAGGGGCUCCGAGUCCUGCCAGACCUGAUCAAGGAGGUGCUUGCUCUGGAUGAUGAGAUUCAGAAGCUGGCAAUGGAGCUCUACCAGCAGAAGUCGGUCCUCAUCAUGGGCCGCGGCUACCACUACGCAACCUGCCUGGAGGGGGCGCUGAAAAUCAAGGAGAUCACCUACAUGCACUCGGAGGGGAUCCUGGCUGGGGAGCUGAAGCAUGGACCGCUGGCUCUCGUGGACAAGCUGAUGCCAGUUAUCAUGAUAAUCAUGAGGGACAGCACCUACACCAAGUGCCAGAACGCACUACAGCAAGUAGCGGCGCGACAGGGCCGCCCCAUUGUGAUUUGUGACAAGGACGACUACGAGACGAUCAAGAGUUCGACCCGGACGAUCAAGGUGCCGCACUGUGUGGACUGUCUGCAGGGCAUCCUGAGUGUGAUCCCCCUGCAGCUGCUGUCCUUCCACCUGGCUGUGCUGCGGGGCUUCGAUGUUGAUUGCCCAAGAAACCUGGCCAAGUCUGUGACAGUGGAGUGAAGACCACUGUACCAGGAAACCAGACUGGAAUACAUCAUUAACUAAAAAAAAAAAAAAAAAAAGAUAUUUAGAUACGUUUGUGUUUUUAUAUGUUUGUUCCGCUGCAAUUUUAGUGCAACUCGUUUGAAAUCGGUAGACGCGCUGUACUUGCGUGUACAUUCUCUGUUCCCUUUCAGAAAAGUCUUUGCAUUCUGUUACUGUCGCAGUCGAAAGUGUUAGCAAACCAUUCCUGGAAUUCUCGGGCGCUGUUGCUUCCUCCUGUGUGCUGACAAAAAAAAAAAAGUUGUAAUAGUGGGAUUGAUAUUUUUAUCCGAAUGUCACAGGAAAAUGGUCCCGAAGCUUCUUUGCAUUUUGGUCUUCCCUGAAUUUUGGUUUAGCUGACGUUUUAACGCAAAACUGUAGAGUGCUCUUCUACGUGUGUUUUUAUGUAUUUUUGUUUGUUUGUUGAGAUUAGCUGGGCUUCGGCUGGUGGUUAUCACCCUAAGCACCUGUAACUGAAUCAAGCGCGGAGUCUAAAGUUUCAGUUUAUCCAUUCAGUUUGCUGACGUGAAACACAAUUUCUGACACUCGCUCGUAGGAUGCAGUAUGCCCGAGACAGCGCCUCCUGCUGGCCUGUUCUAGUUACUGCCUGAUCUGAGAGUUUUUAGUUGGUAAGUUGCCUGUGGGUUGGCAGCUCCAGUCCUUGAGUGCCAUAAACAGCAGAGGAAGGAGCCGUUGUAGUCUGGCACCUAAAGUUACAUUUUCAAUAUUUAAGUCCUGUUUGUGGCACCUUGGGAACAGCGGAUCCUUUGCAACUAACUUUUAAACGCUGAAGUGCACCGUGCUUUUCAAAUGAAUGUUACAACGUUUCCAUGUUUACCUGCUAUGUUAUUGAAGAGGCAGCGCCUUCUGUCUGUGCCUCCUAGUUUACAAUUUGAACAGGAAUCGGAUAAAAUGAAGAAUUUGGUGAGUGGGGAGGCUAGUUCCAGCCCUAGCCCUGCUGUUUUUCAUCUCUUUUUUUCUUUUUUCAUAAGAUUGUGGGACCAUUCUGGCUUUUUUCGAUACAGGGUUUCAUUUUUCGCGGGGUGCAGCCAACCCCCGGGCAAUGCUGGUUAUAAAUAAGACUCCCGUUGCAUAGCAGUUUGAGCCUUUCCAGGUUUCACUGUGAUCUUAAUUAGGUUCACCUGAGCUUUAAUGAUAGACGCUACAGAGGAACAUUUUAUGUGAUCCUAAAUAAGCUCACAGUAAAACCUGAACUGAGUCUGCUAUGGGUUUCAUGUCUUGUUUCUAUAGAUUGGGGGACCAUAAGAUGAACACAGUCCCAUUUUUAUAAAAUGGACAUUUCAGAUCAAUAAUGAAUUGGUAAGUGAGCAGGACUUUAUAACAGGCUGCUGUUUAAGGCUGAAGCCACACACCAAAUAGAAAAAAAGGUACCAAGUUUCAAUGGAAUUGAAAUAGAGGUUCUUGCUUAAGACAUUCUUUUCAUAGUCAAUGUAGUUUCUGGAUUGGUUGCAAAAUAUUUUAAUGUAUUUAAAAAAAAAACAAGAUUUGGAUGUACUUCUUAAGAAAUGUGAAACUAUUGUACAUUAAAUCACUAGUGAUGGUAAAUAAAAUGUACGUUUUUAUAUUCUUGUUGUGUUUGCAAGGGAACCCUGGCUAUAUGAAGAAAAAAAAUAUAUAUAUAAAAAUUAUAAUAAAAUAAAUUGCUAUUCAUCAAACAUUCCUAGCCCUAGAAGGCCAGCAUCGGUCUAGAGUGCUUCCGUGAAUGAAUUCAUUUAAACAGAAGGACCUGGUUGUUUAACCCCUGAUGUGUUGAUAUGAGGUACCGCGCCAGCUCUUGCAUGCUGUUUGGCUUCAGUUGCAGUGCAGUCUGGCACUGUGCUGUGAACCGGGAGUCAGCACGCUCCAAGCAUUACUGCUGUUGCUCGUACCGUGGAGCUGCAGUCUGUGUCUCCAUACCUUUCCUGAUUUCACUGAAUAAUGAAAAUCAAACCCCCAACACUUGCUGCAAAUACAGCUGUGGCUCAAAAGUGUGCAUCACCUAGAAUUUUAGGAUUGAGAUGUUAAUUAAAAAAAAAAAACUAUGAACAUUAUUCAAAUGAUUUGUAUUUAACAUCAUGCAAUUAAAUAAACUGCAAAAUCUGAAUGCAAAAGUCUACCGGAAGCCAUAAUAGUAGUACAGUGUUUCAUGUUAGAUUUAAAAAUUGUCACGUUUUUCAUGAAGUAUAUGGGAAAACUACAAAGCGGUAUGUAAUUCAAUAUGUUAACAUAACGUUGUUUAGCAGGUUUCAUUCGACCUUUUUGUAAAGUAAAAUUAGUUAAUUCUAUAGGGUGGUGCAUUCACAAGGAAUCGCUCCUUUUUCCAGUUGAGUGUUUUGAACCUUAAAAUACAUGGUUUCCAUGCCAAGCUCCACAGGGUUCGAAGGAAGCGAGUCUUCCGAACCUGCGAGUACCUAAUAUACAAAGGAUUUGGGAAUCGAACCCACAAACUUGUAGAUUUAACCUCGAUUUUAUAUGAGUGAAGAGCUACUACUGCAUAAUCCUAAACAGCUGACAGGGUCUGCUAUACAUUCAAUCAGGGCAUACCGGCAUCUUAUGGCUCCCCAGAGUUCAGUGACGAAAGCCAUCUGGAAAACGGGACCCUAUUUAAAUCUUUUGAGAUCUGAUCUGUACUUUUUUUGUUUGUUUGCCUGUUCUACGUUUUUCAUCUUUUACAUCAAUAUUAUGUCACUUUUAUUUUGGUUUGUAAAGCCUGUUAUUUAUUAUAAACAUGCUUUGUAACACUAAGAGAAUAA